AUGAAGUGGGAGGCUGAGGAGAAGAAGGUGUGCAAGGAGGAGGAAGGGUGUGAGGCUGAGUGCAAGCACAAGGCUGAGGCUAAGGAGAAAGCUGAGGCUGGCAGUAGUGAUGAAGCCAGUGCAGAGGUGAAGAUGGUAGUAAUGGACCCCAGCUGUACUCAUUGUACCUGGGCCAAGGCUGUCUGCAAGUUUCUUGUGGACAGCAAUAAGAAGUGCAUCACCUGCAUGCAGUGCAACCAAUUGAAGGAGAAGUGCUGGUGGCCCAGGGAUGGGAAGGAUGCUGAGGCUGGCUUGAAGGCUGGUGCAAAGGUCAACAAGGGGAAGGACCAACAGAAUUUUUCACCUUUGUUAUGCUCCAACAUGGUGACUUCAUCAAAUGGACUAGGAAUAAAUGGACAGAGGGUCACAGGGUCACACUGA